AUCAAAAGUGUCAUGUAACCAUAUUGCGGAAGUAAGCAAUGUAAACAGACGAAUAAAAUGGCAAAUUGGCAACAAGUGUUUGCACUAGAUGCAAAAUACAAUGCAUACAGGGCACCAAACAAUCCACAGUUCAGAACUUUGUACAUCAAACGAAGGAGUCAGUUACUGAGGGAAAGUGCAAGUAAUCCAGAAAAAGAUUCUUCAGCAAGAAAAGAUUAUCUGCAGUUGAGAGCCAGAUUGUUGUCAGCGAAAUAUGGCAGCCCUGCAUUCUCAGAUCAAGGCAGUAUCAAGAGUAGAUCAUUCAGUUUUGGUGGAAGAAGUAUCAGUAAAUCGACAUUGGAGAGUAUGGAUCCAAAGCUGGGUGACACUAGGAAGUUCCAUCGUCGCCAGAGGAGCAGUGGUUCAGCGAAGUUCAACCUGGAUGGCCCAAUGAAACGUAUAUAUGACAGCAUUGAGUUGGUACCCACCAAAGAGGCUGAAGCCAGCAGAGCAAUGGCUGGGGGGAUGACAGUUUCUGAGAACUAUGCUUUUGCUGGCAUGCACCAUAUCUUUGACCAACACACAGAUGCAGUGACGAGUGUGAAGUUUGCAAAUGAUGACAAGAGUCGUGUUGCCUGCUCCUCAGUAGAUGGUUCCCUGUCUGUGUGUCAGGUGAUCCCUCCCCCAGCAACUGUCAUCUGUAUGCUCAAGGGACAUACUGAUGCUGUGUCAGAUUUCGCGUGGUCUCUUUCCAAUGAUAUCAUCCUGUCAGUUUCGUUUGACGGCACAGCCCGGCUGUGGAAAGUGGCGUCUGGAGAAUGCAUCCGCACGAUACGAGACAUCACGGGAGCAGAGCUGCACUCCUGUCUCUUCCACCCUCUAAAUAACAACAUGUUUGUUACUGGGAACAGUAAAUGCUUUGUCCAGGUGAUCAAUGUAUCCACUGGAAAAGGUUACAAGGGUGGCAGCUGUAAGAUCACUGGCCAGGCCCUGUCCUUGGCCUUUGAUCCCACAGGAGCAACCCUCUGGGUGGGGGAUGACAAAGGGUCAUUGUCCUCGUUCAAUGUUGACUUGGCCCAUGGGAAGCUGAUCAGAACAAGGAGGGUGUUGGUGUGCGAGGGUCACUCCAUCACGAGCAUAUCUGCGCGAGCGUGGGUGAGCAGGGAAGCAAGGGAACCCUCCCUAUUGGUCAACUGUGCAAUCAACUCCCUCUGCCUUUUCAGAAUCUGCCCAGACGGCAGUUUGCAGUUAAAGAAGCGGUUCUCAAUCCGGCAGAAGCAUGCCCAUGUACGGAGCACAUUCUGUCCUCUGAUGUCUUUCAGGCAAGGAGCCUGUGUCAUAUCAGGAAGUGAGGACAUGUGUGUUUACUUCUUUGACAUUGGUAAGGACAAGAAGGCAUGUGUGAACAAACUGCUGGGCCACUCUGCCCCUGUGCUGGACGUCUGUUUCAACUGUGAUGAAAGCCUCCUUGCAUCGUGUGACGCACAGGGAUUGGUAAUCAUAUGGAAACGUGAAGGCAAACAGGGGGUGCUCUGAUAGGGGCAGGGCUGGUGAACCUGGACUUAAAUCAUGUGAGUUAAAAGUUGUCCAAGAUUAGCCUGUGCAUACUGCACAGGCUUAUCUGAAAAAACUUUAUGCACAUGCAUUAAGCCCAGUUUUCCCUGUACAAGGCUCUAAUUUACAAUUGGAGUAACAUGUGCGAAGAGGUUGGUACAUUUGCUUAUCACACUGGUGAGGAUUCAAUUCCCGAAUCUGGUCCAAGUUUGAUGGGAGAUCACCAUACUUGACGACUACGUUGCCAGUUUCAAACAGCACAUGACUACGUUAGAAUGAAGUCUGUUACAAAAUGAAUAGAAGACACAGAAAAUUGCAGCUAUUAUUAAAUAUAUGAUUAUAAUUGAAUAGUCAAAAUCAUGCAUGAAAUAUUAUGCUAGUGUCUGAAUGAAAUGAAUGUACUGUAUUUUUGGCCGUAAACUUAUCUUUAGACUAUAUUCUCUAUAUAGCAAUUGUCAGCGUUGACAAUGGUACAGUUAUAAUCUCUGAUUGAUGGGAAAGAUAUUACAAUUGCUACAUUUAUACAAAUCAAUGUAAAAUAUUUGUUUGUGUAUGCCUUUCCAUACUGUUUAACACAUGGUGGUAAGGUGUAUAAGGAUGCUUAUAUGCAUUUUCUAUUCUGGUCAACUAUGACUGACUGCCUUAGCUUUUGAACUGGAAAAUUUUGAUAAGACUUAAGUUGUUCAGUUUUCAAAAAGACUUCAGAUGUUCAGUUUUAAACAAUACUUAAGUUGUUCUGCUAAAGAACUACAGUACACAGAGUAGAAUUCAAUAACCUUAUGUUCUGGUUUCGUGUCGUGAAACAAAACAUUUUUGUGCAAUAAAAAUUGUUGAUGUGGAAUAAAUUAUUUAAAACUUAA